AUGUCGCAGCAACAGCAGCAAGUCAAGCGCACGCCUCUGCCGAGACGUAAGGCUUGUCAGGCCUGUUCGCAGGCGAAAGUCCGAUGCGAUCAUAAGGCUGAGGGGUGCUCGAGGUGCGAGGUUCGGGGAGUUCGGUGUGUGUACCCAGGAGGUCGGACAAGUCGGGCGAGGGAGGAUACUUCGUCGGCUGGGCCAGGAGAAGGCGCUGCCAGGCCCCCGGCAGUAGACGACUCACGACCUUCUGAAUUUGACAGACAGCCUGAGCCUUCUGGCUUUGGCGAGAAUGCUGGAGGCUGGCCCACUCCAGAGACGCGUUCACUCUCUGGCCUCAACGCUGCCUCACAACACUGGCUUGAUGGGCCUACCAUCACUGCAGAUGGAUCGCAUGGCACCACAACCUCACAGCAGACCUCACCCGAGCUACUCUGCACCAUCGAGCCCGGCGCCAUCCAAAACCGAUGGCUGAAGGCUUUCAUUCCUGACGUCGACCAGCGUCCGAAGGUCUCGCCUCCUGCGACUCACGAAUACGUCGAUCGCAUGCUCAAGGCUCAUACGUCUGGACUAAUCCGGCACGGCACUCUCCCACCAUUUGCACACAAACAACAGCUGGAGGCGCGAAGCGAAGCGUCGCCUUUGCACAACUGCAUCAACUUGGCGAAGCUUUGUGCCAAAGGCCCAGCAUGCAGCGAGGCACUGGCGAUACAACUGUUCGAGCAAGAAAUGGCAAAGAUUGAUGGACUGAAAUCUACGUACCACCAUGCGGACCUCCUUGCAGCUUUCCAGGCAUACCUCAUCUACGUCAUGACCCUCUACUUCCACUUAGGACAGAAAGACAGUCCGGCCUUGCGACAAUACAUGAUGAACCUCCAACAGCUCGCCUGCGAUACCUGCUCUCGCGGUGUGGCCUGUUCCUCUGAACUGGACCAUACCCGCCCGCGGUGGUCUUCGUGGAUCAUUGCCGAAUCUAUCAGGCGUACGUUGUACACUAUGUACCUUUUCGAUAACCUGCUCUGCGUCAACGACGACCUCCCCGUGUUCGUGGGCACCGAGCUUGCAGGGCUGCCGGCGCCAGCUGGGAAGCAUCUUUGGCGGGCUCCUUCUGAAGAGGAGUGGAAAGCAGCUUACAACAUGCAUCUGGCCGACUGGAACAACGGCGGCCUGCGUCUGGAUGAGCUUUGGCGGGUUCCUGAUGGCGCCACACCUGAGGCGGUUGCUUUGAGGAGAGAGAGGAUUGAUCAGUGGCUUGAAGACGUGGACGAGUACGGAGUCUUCCUUUAUGCCGUCACGAGCUGCACGCAUGGUGCUUGA